GUAAGCCCGUGGUUCGUCACUUAACCCGUUAGCUCCAGGAAGCGGAGGGCUGUGGCCGGGAUGAGGACAGCAGAAACCUUAGGAGGCGUGCCUUGAGGUCCCCAUCCUGGCGACCCAGGAGAGGUUUUAAAAUAUGUAGACCAGGAUGUUCAGGGGUGUCGGAAUGACAGUGAUUGCUCUUAGCAUGGGUUUCCUUCCUAAAACUAUCAUUGAUAUGUGCACACCUUUUUCUUUUUGUUAUUGUGAAACUUGCCUAAUACCUUUUCUAUUAUGUUAAAUCAUCAGUUGCUUUAUGCGUUUGUUGGCUGACAAUCCUCAUGUGAAUAAAUUACUUGUAAACAUAGUUGUAAUUUAAUUUGAAAGUUAAUCUAAUUAAAUACUUUGAACUUUUUCCAUAAUAUUUUUCCAAGCUUUUAUAUAAAAGCCACAACUUCAAUAAACAUAUAAUUAAAGAUAAUUAAAGAUAGCAAUAGCUAUGUUUUUUGCAGAGGCCAAAUUUUUGUUUGUAGUCUACAAGGUGACAAUGGUAUCCGUAAGUAAUAAACAUGACUUUAGAAGUUAGUGAUGAUGGUUACACAAUAAUGAACAUGAUAGGUGCCAGGGAAAUUGAACACUUAAAUUUUAAAUAAAAUGGCAAUUUUUAUAUUAUGAAAAAAUAUUAAAACGAUGACCAUUUAGUGAAUUUAUAAGCUAGAUUAUGAUGGAGAUCAUUAAAGACUCGUGUGCUCUUGUUAUAGUACAUAUUUUCUCUCCCCUAUAGUGAAAUAUGUGGAUUUUGCUGUUCCCCCAAUACUAUUAUGUAUUUUAAUGAAAUCAUUUUUCUACUGAUCCAAGUAUCCCAUUGCACCAAGUAUCUUAAACUCAAAAGGUAGUCACUUUUCAAUAGUGUCACACCUUAUAUUUUAAAAUGAGAUGUAAAACCCAGAUGCUGCAUUUCUCUCUCCAAGGCUCAUGCCAGCCAUCUUCCCAAAACAUGUCAGAGGCUUUUUCCCUCUAAAUUCUGGAAUAUUUUGGGUAAGGAUAUCACUGGACAUGUUGGUAGACGCCUACAAUUUCAGCACUUAGGAAGUAGAUGUAGGAGAAUCAGAAGUUCAAGGACAGUGUGUACUGUAUGCAUGUCUAGUUAUAGGCCAACUUGGGAUGCAUAAGACCCUAUCUGAUAAGAACUAAAAAGGGGUCCAUUAAGAUGGCUCAGUGGAUGAAAUCAUUUACAGAGCAGGUGUGACUUACCACUUGAGUACACACGUCAAAUCCCAUCACUCCUUUAAGGAAAAUGGAAGGCUCACACAGUAGAAUAUGGACGAGAAGCAAGUGUAUAUGGGGGCGUGCAACUGUUCUAGAAAGCACAACAUGGCAGAAAUAACAAUGACCCUAAACCAACAUGGUGGAUAUACAGACCUCGUUCUCAGUGAUUGCAACUUUGGACGGCCCUAGAACUUACUGUAUAGACCUGGCUGGCCUCAAACUUAAAGAUAUCCCUGUCUGUCCCUCCCCACUGCCUCACCAUGCUCAGUAAAGUAUAGUUUGCCAUAUGAUUAUCAUAUAUUAUGGCUCCUUUGAUAUGUGUAUUAAUAUAGAGGUUUCUUUUGACUAUCAUUCCUCAACAUCUUGUUGGAAGUUAAUUUCACCUACUAGCCCCUGAGUCAUGGCCUAGGUAGCAGAGGUGUAUUGAAAUAUUUAUAUUGAUUUACUGAGAAUGCAACUCAUGUUGUUUAUAGCUAAUAAUGAAGAGAGAAAUGGAUCUAAAUAGUAGUGGAAUUGCAGAAGCAGUAAUAUAUAUUGCUUUGUAUAUGUUUGUAUCCUGAGUUGAAAUAAGGCCUACAAGGGCAAGCUCAAUUAAAAUGCUGCUUUCCUUGUAAUAGUUGCAAUUACAUAUGAAUGCCCUGCCUGUCACUAUGUUGUGAAGUCAUAUAUGGAAAUAAAGUUGAACAUUGGAAGAAUUCUAACACAGAAAAGGUGUUCCCAAUAGACACUUUGGUCACACAAAACCAAAUUUGAAUCAUAAACUUGACAACUGAGGCAUAACUUCUGCCCUUGUGAGAAGGAAGGCAGGGACUAGCAUAAGUUCUACUGUGUUCCAGGUGCCAGUUCAGGGAAGCCCUUCUUAGGGCCAACACAUGAUACCUCCUUGUCUCUUUGGGUUAAGCACUCUAGUGCCUAGUGCAAGGAACCUAAGUAGUUGAACUUAAUGUCCUCUUCAUUCUGUGCUCUCCAGCUGGAAUAGUAGCGACUUCUCCUUGCUGGCCAGUUGUUUUUCCAUAGUCUGAAUCCUAAUGAGGAGAAGAAUGUUUCUGAAUACUAGGGGUAUUGAGGAGACAAUACGCAGUGGGAUAAUAUUCACUGUGUUUCAAAGGUGAGUGCCGUAGAAUCCAACAUCUGAAAACUGCAUCCCACUUCAUCCAUGGUGCUGUCCCUCUGAUUAACACUGUUUUGUAUUGUGUAUCUUGCAGAAAACUUCAGAAUUAGUAUUCUUCAUAGCUAUUUCUAGAUGUGCUUCCCGCAGUUAAUCUUUGCUGCAUCUGUAUGUGAGACCACCAGCUUGUGACUUUUAUGCAAAACUAAUAGUCUCUGCACUGCAUCUGCAUACCUCUUGCAUUUCUGUUACUACAGAACACUGGACAUAUUCCACAGGUCUAACUUGGAUAUAGGGGCAUCCUCUCAGCUUGAAUUACCCGGGAAAUUUGCGCCGUGAAGUAAAUUAGAGGCUUAAGGUACUGCACUACACUGUAAGGCUGUCUUAGCACCAUGGUUGUUGUUCAAAUCACAGAACCUUUGAGAAUAUUUCCAACCCUUCGAAUUCUUUUUAGGUCUUUUCUUUGUAAUGUUUGUGAGGCACUUACUUCAUAGAAGCUAUCUUGCUGCAAGAGUAAAUGUGCCUUGAUUUCUGUUCAUUUGUUACUUAGCUCACUGUUCACUUUUCUGUUAAAAGUUAUCACUCCAGCUUAAGGACAGUGAACAGAGCAGAGAAAUUGAAACCUUACUUGGAAGUGUAUUGCAUGGUUAGAAACGUAGAAAAAGAACUAACCAAGUAAACUGGGUAGUUUGUGGAGGUAUGACAUCAUGCUUUCAUUUCUGUUGCUGUGACAAAUUAACAAAAAACCUCAUAAAGGAUGAAAGACUUUGCAGGGAAGACACAAAUGCAGCAGUGCAAGGCAGCUAGCCACGUGAUAUGCAUAACCAAGAGCUGGGAGAAAUGAAUGGAUCCAUGCUGCCUGCUUACCUGCUUCCUAUAACUCAGCAAACUUCUUAUACCCUUACACAGCCCAUUGCCCAGUCCAUGAAGUCAUAUUGUCACAGUGACCUGUGUCAAUUAACACUUGAGCUAGUUUCCCUGUGCAUGACCACAGGCCUGUCUGGGCUAGACAACUCUAUUUCAAUCGAGACUCUCUCCCAGGUAAUUAUUAGUUGUGGAAAGGUGACAUUUUAAAUUAGCCAUUGUAGACAGUAAUGUCUACUGGCCAUUUUUUAUGUAUACUUGAAGUAUCAGUAGCAAGAGGCUAGCUCUGACCGCUUUUCUGUGAACAUUUGUAGGCAAAAGCAUAGAAGAAAGAAUGCAUUGUUCCCCAAGUGCUCAAAAUAUGCAUAGGUUUAAGUGAUUCAGGAACCAAAAUAUGUUUCUGGAUAACUCAAAUUGUUCACUACUGUAGCAGGUUGAAUUUUGAAUAAUGUUGCUGGAAUUAGGGUCAGACCCUGGAUCUUACCAGGUUUGGCAGAGUAGGUUUGACCACUAUUCUGAAUAAGGCAAUUAAAAGAUCAAAGUGGAAAUUUGGAAAAGGAUAUUCAUUCAGUGAGUCCACAGUGGAAAAGCAUUGUAAUGAUUCUCCAAGUCCAUGUGCUGGUGCUGACAUGAGGUUUCAGCUUAAGCAGAGGGGGAAAGUAUAUAAUUAGCAGUUCCAGUGAAUGUGUGGUGUCUCCUGCAAUAUAGUCUGAUAAAUUAUCAUAAGCCUCUGAGUGACACGAGACUUCAACCUAUUCUUUACCCAGUGAGAUUCCUGGGUGUAUUUUAUUUUCUGGAUUGAAUUGUUUCAGCAGUCUGGUAGCAAAGCGAAGGAUAUUGGGGGCCCUUUAGGAUAUCUUCAUUUUUGUGAGGAUAAUAACAGCAAGAUUUGCAAGACUUUGUUUCAUCCCUUCCUCUUUCUACCCAUCCCUCCUCUUUAUUGGGUGAUUUUGAGGCUCAAACCCAGACCCACUGUCUGCUAGGCAAACAUUCUGCUACUAAGCUCUAUUGCUACCAUUAAAUUCUGCUUUAUUGAUUAUUCAGGUCCACAUUUAUCUACUUGUCAUAAAAUAUAGCCUGUUAUAAUUUAGUAAGUGUAUUAAGUGUGUGUGUGUGUGUGUGUGUAUGUGUGUGUGUAGUAGUAGUAGUAGUAGUAGUAGUAGUAGCAGUAGUAGUAGAUGAAAAAAGGCAAAGGUUUGCAUAGUAAUUGGAGUAGAUAGUAAUAUUUCACACGUCGUAAAUUUUAAUAAAAAUCCUAAAGAGAAGAGCCACUGAGACACAGAUUGUAGGGAAGACGUUUGGAAGCAAGAGACAGCAAAUGCCAAGCCCCUAAGUUGUGUGCAUUUCUGGGGCUCAGUGAAGAAAUCAUUGUGCAUUAGCACAAGUGAAUGACUGGACAAGAUUGGGAUCCAGUUACCAGUUAUCCUUGUUGAGGAACCAAAUCAGAGUUUCUACGAAGUUGCCUAUGGCUGCUGGAGACAGGGGAUCCUGUUAGAGAGUAAGGAGCCCCUGGCAAAAGCAUUCUGCUUUUUGCCUUCAUGAAUGACUUCUUGGACCUCAUGUUGAUAACCUGUCUGAUUAUGAGUCAAGAGGAAAUGUCAAGAAACAAAAUUCAGUGUUCUCCUCACUAAGUAAAAGACAUAGCCUUUGAAGAAUACCUUGUGGCAAUUGUCCACGUAGGAAUGCAGUGCUUCUUCAGGUACUCCCAGUGCCCCACAGAUGGCUACCAUCAGUCUAUCUCCCAAGUUUGCUAUGUCCUCUCUGGACUCUGCAGAUAACCAGGAAUCAGAAUUUUCUCUUCCAUCAAAAUAUGAUUCUUGUCAGCAGAGUUUGGGUUUGUUUGCUUGCCAUGCUCCAGAGCCUGAUACACCAGCUCGUGUUUGUUCUCAGGAGUCUGUGACAUUUCAAGAUAUUGCUGUGGACUUUACUGAGAAAGAGUGGCCCCUGCUAGAUUCUUCCCAGAGAAAACUGUACAAAGAUGUAAUGCUGGAGAAUUAUAGCAAUCUAAGUUCACUGGGUUAUCAGGUUGGCAAACCCCGCCUCAUCUCACACCUAGAGCAAGAAGAGGAUCUGAGAAUGGAGGAGAGAGGAAUUCAACAGGGUCCUUCUCCAGAUUGGGGAACUACAUCUAAAGUCAAAUGGUCUAUUCUUCUGGAAGAUAUUUUUGGGAAGGAAGCAUCUGAUGAUGUAAGAUUGGAAACAUCUCAUCUUUUGGAGACAUCUUCUGAAUUCAGCCACUUGUGUGAAGUCUUUGAUAUUGGCCCUCACCUUGCUCAGCCAGUAGGAAGGCCCACAGGCAAGAGGCCCUAUCACCACCACAGCUGUGGAGUCAAGAACAGGAUUCACCUGACUCAGCACAUGAGCAUGAAUGAUGGGAGAAAAUGGCAUAAGUGUCACCAGUGCCAGAAAGCCUUCACCACCAGUGCUUCUCUUACAAGGCACCAUAGAAUUCACACUGGGGAGAAGCCUUACGAGUGCAGCAGCUGUGGAAAAGCCUUCAAUGACCCUUCAGCUCUAAGGAGCCACACAAGAACUCACCUGAAAGAAAAGCCCUUUGACUGUAGUCAGUGUAGUAAUGCCUUCCGGACGCUCUCUGCUCUGAAGAUACACAUGCGCGUUCACACUGGUGAAAGACCCUACAAAUGUGAUGAGUGUGGCAAAGCCUAUGGCAGGAGCUGCCAUCUCAUUGCUCACAAGCGAACACACACUGGAGAAAGGCCCUAUGAAUGCCAGGACUGUGGAAAAGCCUUCCAGCAUCCCUCCCACCUGAAGGAACAUGUCCGAAACCAUACUGGGGAAAAGCCUUAUGAGUGCACACAGUGUGGCAAAGCCUUCCGAUGGAAGUCCAACUUCAAUUUGCAUAAGAAGAACCACAUGGUGGAAAAAACCUAUGAGUGCAAAGAAUGUGGGAAAUCCUUCAGUGACCUCCUAUCAAGAAGGAAACACAUGAGGAUUCAUAUUGUAAAGAAGCCAGUUGAGUGUCAUCAAUGUGGGAAAACCUUUCGAAACCAGUCCAUCCUGAAAACACACAUGAACUCUCACACUGGGGAGAGACCUUAUGGCUGUGAUCUCUGCGGCAAAGCCUUCAGUGCUAGUUCCAACCUCACUGCACACAGGAAGAUUCACACUCAGGAGAGACACUAUGAAUGUACUUCCUGUGGAAAGGUCUUUGGUGAUUACCUGUCACGAAGGAGGCACAUGAGCAUCCAUCUUGUCAAGAAGCGGGUGGAUUGUAGGCAGUGCGGAAAAGCCUUCAGGAAUCAAUCCACUCUGAAGACACACAUGAGAAGCCACACAGGUGAGAAGCCAUAUGAGUGUGACCAUUGUGGAAAAGCUUUCAGCAUAGGAUCCAACCUUAAUGUACACCGGAGGAUCCAUACGGGGGAAAAGCCUUAUGAGUGUCUUAUUUGUGGAAAAGCCUUCAGUGACCAUUCGUCCCUUAGGAGUCAUGUGAAAACCCACCGGGGGAGAAGCUCUUUACGCCGUCUGUGUGGGAAAGGUUUCAGUGAAUACUCAAAUGCAGAGGAAGCCUGGCAAACAUAAGUCUUCCAUGACCUUCCAUGUAGAAAACGCAAAAGGUCACAUGACACUUCAGAGAAAUCAGUUUGUAGAAAGUGUGAGAAGACCUGAGUUGUUAUGCAGCAAUUGGGAUCUCUGUGAAAACCUAGGGACUGGGAAGAGUUUGUAUUGAGUAGCAAGAAACUGUCAACAUGUAUCAUGCUCCCAAACACACAAGAACUGAGGCAGAGAGUCUUCACCCUGAGCAUUAGUGCUAAAGUCAGCACUACUACGUGAGCACACCAGAGUGAAUCUUGCAUUAAAAAAUGGAGAGCAAACUGGCCAGCUCUUUAUUGUUGUUGGCUCACAAGCCAAGAUGCUUCUCUCUCUUUUUUUUUUUUUUUUUUUGGAUUUUUUCGAGACAGGGUUUCUCUGUGUAGUCCUGGCUGUCCUGGAACUCACUUUGUAGACCAGGCUGGCCCCGCCUGCCUCUGCCUCCCAAGUGCUGGGAUUAAAGGUGUGCACCACCACUGCCUGGUGCUUUCUUCUUUUUAAAAAGAAAAAUCUGGCAGGGGCUGUACAUGGCACUCAAAUUCUGAUAUACAUGCUGUUUAUAAAAAUCUUCAUUUAAGGUUUGGUCAGUAGCAUUGGCUUUCAACCUGGAGCAGUUUUGCUGUCCAGGGCACUUGUCAGUGUCUGGGUAGGUUUUAGUUUUGAGAAUGGAGGGAGAUGUGUUAGUGAUACAGAAAGAGGACAUCACAGAUGCUAUCAAAUAGCCUAUGAUACACAGAAGUCUUCCAUAUCAAGGAAUUAUGUGUACUACUAUAAAAGUACUGACGUUGAGAAUAAUCUCAUGAUUCUCACAUGAGGAGAAAUUUUUUGCAGCUUUUUAAAAGAAAAACUGCAAUGCAGUUCUCUCUGAAAUGUAUGAAAACGCAUACUGAUGAUAACUAUGAAAAUGAUUUUAGCCACAGUCCCAUGGUGUAUGAAUGUGAGGUUGUAUUUACAAGUCUUUUUUGAUAACAACUGAGUCUAGCUCUUUAGUUUUCUUGACCUUUUUAUUAGGGUUAGGGUUCUCUGAAUAACUCUUAGUCCUCAUCAUAAACAAUUGAAUGUAGUAUUUUUUUUACUAUAGCUUUGUAAAUUAUAUCUUUAUUUCACUUUAGUAACCUUAUCCUGACCAGAGACAUGUUUAGAAAUGUGUGAUGUUCUGUACUAGAUUGUGUGGGUAUUUUUGAGUACCUGUGUCCUAUUCAUUGUGGUCAGAGCAUGAAGCUUCCUAACAGAUCCUUUAGUUGGGUUUGGCUUUCUAUCCAAAAAGCCAAAAGAAUAACAAGGACCUAGGAUUUCCCAUAUCCAUUUAAACUCCUUUUAUAGCGGAAGACUCACAGUUUUAUCUGAGUAUCAAAUAGUUCCACUAUAAGAAAUCUUUUUCAGUUUUUCAUGCAACUUGUAUUCUCUACAUGCCAUGACUCUGGCCGUUGACUCAUAAAUAGAGAUAAGUGUGUGGCAUUCUGAGAAAAACCUCUUGGAAAAAAAUCUGAUUUUUGUUUUUUUAAUUCAUUUUGUGGCCCUGAAGAUGAAAACUGCAGUCUAAAGAUGACAGAAUAGAGACAUCACAGUGAUACUAGUCUGUAUUGUGGCUUUUGAAAGAGUUUACCUUGGAACUCAAUUUAUUAAAUAGACUUUCUCUUCCCUGAGAAAACAAUAAAAUUGAUUACAAGAUUACAAUGGGACUGA